GACCGUAUGGAUGUGGCCUGUCCUUUCAUCCCUUCACUCGGAAUUAUCUACAGCUGAUAACAUAACGGCAUUCAAAAAUGGCAGAAAAAUUUAAUGAGGUAAUGGUUCCUUAAAAUAACUGCAUUCGGGGAAUUGUGGGGAUAGGAAAUUUUAGACUUCCCCAUUUCCCAGAAAGAAGUGUUCGGUUUCUUCCGUAAAUCUUCGUAGCCUUCGAAGUUCGAAGUCUGUUGUUUUGUUUUCGUCGAUACCGAACGUGGAGGGAGGGUCGAAACCUUCCUGCUCUGCAGAGAAAGACUUAAAGAAAAGAUGCCAUAUGCAAGUUUGAUAUAAACAUGGCUCCAACAGGAAACAAUUACCGAAGGUUACUAAAAGAUAUAGCAGAUAAUUUAACAUUCAGUGAUGUCUGCUCCCUAAAAUUUGUCUGUCGAGGACAAAUCGGCGCUGCUGCACUGGAUAAAGUACCCAAUAGCGAGCCCUUAAAGUUGUUUAAACUGCUGGAAGAAAGACAAUUUAUUACGGCCGAUAAUUUAAUAUGGUUACGAGGAAUUUUAAAACAAAUACAACGCGUCGAUUUGGUUUGCAAAAUACCAGAUGAAUUUUGCCAACCGAUUUCUGGUGAUAUGGUCGAUAGUGGGGCAGGGUUUGCUGCUAAUGCAAUGUCCAGUUCAGUGGCCAGUCAAGAUCUUGUGUCGCCGUAUGUUGUAUUGUUGAAAGCAGUGGCUGAUGAACUGACAAAGGAGAAUGUCAGUGAAAUGAAGUUCUUGCUUGAUGUGCCAGAUGGUAUAGGUGAGAAAUUGCAAGAUGGUCAGAGUUUGUUGACCCACCUUGAAGGCAAUGGAAAACUCUCUAAAGACAACUUCUCUGAUUUGAAGAAUUUAUUAUCUGAUGUAUAUCGAAUGGAUUUAAUAAAAAAGAUAGAGGAUUUCUCUAUCAAUGAAGAACGACCACCCUCUAGAAGAGACCCAGCCUCAUGCUACAAGAUGAAACCUGGCAAACACGGUUUCGCUCUUAUCAUUGACAACCAAACGUUCAAAGGCUUCACGAAAGACGAAGGAAUAACUUUGCCAGAGCGAAAAGGCUCGAGUGUCGACUAUCAAAAUUUAAAGGAACUGUGGGGACUUCUCGGCUUCACGGUAGAAGCACAUCGAAAUUUGGGAGCUUGGGAAAUUUACGAUGUGGUCAAAGAGAUGGCAGAGAAAAUUGGCAAAAAUCUUGGUUCGUCGUGCUUCGUGUGUUGUAUAAUGACUCACGGUGCCAUGGGAAAGAUUUAUGGUUCUGAUUGCAGACAUCUUGAAAUCAAAACUAUCACCGAUUUGUUCAAAGCAACCAAAUGUCCAGCUUUGGAGGGAAAGCCCAAGUUGUUCUUCAUUCAAGCAUGUAGAGGGACACAGCGCUUGGGAGCGACUGAGACAGGUUGGACUGACACCGCCGCUGGGGUGGAAAAUACAACAACGCCAGGGACUGGUGGGACAACGACUACAGAAGAGACAAAAACCAAUGAAGACGCAAUCCCAAUGGGUAAAACCACAGCAGCAGCAGCAGCAUAUGAGGAUCAAUAUGAUAAUAUUAAUAAUUCAAAAUUCCGUCAAAAUGCUGACCCAAACGAACCACAUUUUCUGCUCGGAUAUUCAACAGCCCCAGGUUAUGUAAGCUUCAGAAGUACUGAUCAUGGGACAUGGUACGUAAACGCUUUGGUGUCAAUUUUUAGCGAAUUCUACAAAACCGAAGAUGUUAUGCACAUGAUGCUUCGUGUAAACAACAAGGUGAGCGAUGCCUAUACCAAGAAAGGUUACAAACAGUGUCCAGCACCUGUUUUUACCCUCGCAAAAAAGGUCUUCUUCUGAAGCGACGCGAAUGUUAAAAUGCAUGAUAAAAUGAAAUAAACUUUCGAUUUAAAUGCAUGUUAAGAUAAGCCACAUUAUAUAUAAGUCACAUUAUCUUGUAGUUUUUCACAACUUUACUUCACUUACAUUUGUUAUGAAACGUAUAUUUGUUAAGUAUGACGCAUAAAAUAUAAUCAUGUAAAGUGCUUAUAGUGGAAUUCGUACUUAGGUAUAUAAUAUGCAAGAAUUGUAGGAGCAAUUUUAAUGGACCGAUCGUAAAUGAAAUUUCAUAGAUUCAUGUGUAAAAUGUUAGGAGGAUUGUAAGAGGUGUUUUUUGUAAGUGUGGAACCCAAGGAAGCGUUAUUUCUAAUAAUAGAACGGCUUUUUUUGUAAUUUCUACGUAAAUUGGUAAAUUGAUGGAAGAUAUUUUAUUUGUGAAUCUUGAAAUUGCCGUUAUAUUUUUCAUAAAGUAUGAUCAAUACCUCGGCCAGCACCCUUAGCGCCAUUUUUAAUGUAGUGAAUUAAUUUGAAAUAUUAAAACAAUGUUUUUAUACAAGCACAUGUAGUACAUUUUGAAGUGCAUGCAUUUUGUCAGGAAUAUUAUUAUAACUGCAGUGUUACACUAUGCUACUUUCCUUGCAACUUGCAAUGCAAGUCUACUCCUGAGGCAUCUAAAGUUGUCAAAUACGAACAUUUCUUACGAUCGAUAACGUUUUCUUAGCAUUGCGAACACUCUUAACGAAUCAAAAUCCCUCAAAAUUAUAAUUGCAUUGUAAGUUGCAAGGAAAGUUGCAUAGUGUGUUACGGAGUGGCGUCGCCAGCUUGAUAAGUGGCGAAUUAAAGGAGGCAUAUUCAUAUUGACUGUUUUAACGCUCUUUGAACAUGUAUGAAUACCCACUUAUCGAUGCUGCCGACGCCAGUGAAUGUAAGUCGAAUUUGGUUGUAAUAUUCCAUGUAUAUGGUAGUGAAUAUUGUGAUUUUUUAUGUAAGUCGUGGAAACUAUAGGUAGUAGGUACGUUUCACAAUUCACACCCUUUUUUGUGAUGAAAUAUCUCAUUAUUGUCUAGUUUAGUAUGAUUUUUUUGAAGUGGAUUCCAAAAGCUGACGAAUUAAAGGAAACCAGUACUAUAUAUGCACAUUUUGCGCUAUGUGCACCAACAUUAAAGAGUUUGCAAAAUACAACGGCAACCGCAACGUGCUCAUCAGCAAUGGCAUUAAACCUUUAAAACAAAAGAAAAUGUAAUGUAUAUAUAUGGUCUUAAACGUUGCACAUCGCCGUAGUUGUUGAAACUGCAUCAUGAUUUCUACCAUUUUCACAGUGCAUGAUCACCAUAUGAUGACCACGCGGCGGCAUUUAAUUUAUCCAGUUGAUGUUGUUUGGAUUUUUUUGAAGCAAUUUUUCUGAUCAACUAUAUUUAUUCGAUCUAAUAAUUGUUUACAUAAAGGAAAGAGGAACUACCACUUUUGCUUGAGUACCACAAUAAAUGAAUAUAUCUUUGUCCUUUGCUGUCGGACGUCAUGAAAGAUAC